AUGUCAGGUCCUCUGCUGUCGCUCAAUACUUUUGCAACACCAAACAAUCAUAUCACACCGUUUGGGGCCAAAAAAUCCACCAAACCGCUGCAGUUAUCCAACAGAACUGCUCCAAUCGAUCCAAAUGGGAAACUGAGAACCAAUUCUUCGAAUGCAAGCUCGACAAAGUCAUCCUCCAGACCAAAACAAGGCCCGAAGUCAACUGAAAAGUCUGCAAAGACUCUGAGGCGACCCCAGUCACUGAAAAAUGUAGAGAUGAACAAGAAGCAGCCACAGAGUCAGGGUAUCAAGCUGGGGAAGCAGCAGAAACAGCCACAAUCAAAUAGUAGAAGAUCCGCAAAAGCUGCUGCUGGUAUAAAUAAUCAUAAAAGUUCAAAUCUGGGGAUGUUUGAUGCCUCCAUGGCAGGAAACGAGGAUACGGAUUCUCUAAUGAAUGAUUUCGACGAACCUCCUCCCCCCAAACGCAUCCCAAAAAAAGGUCCCGAACCUCUUCAACAGUACACGGCACUGGAGCUAUCAGCGACUGGGCUGCUCUUCGAAGACCCCGGGGCUUUUGGGUUUAUGAAAAAGCAACAACCGUCAGAACCUAGACCUUAUCCGAAGUACAUGCUCAUACAGCCGCGUCUCUUGAAAUGCCCACCACAUCAUCAGAAUGAUUGGGAUCGACAAAAUCAAGCAAAGAUGCUUCAAAUGGAAGAACUCAACAAUGGCUCGGACUUUCAAGGCUUGUACGAGGACUUCCAAAAGAUGAGAAGUGUUGAGCGCUCGAAAAUGGAAGAACUAGGAUUAGUAGAUGCCGAAAACACUACCAAAGACUUGAACGACGCCAUUUUCUUUCAGGGUACAUGCACAGAUAUGUGUCCCACAUUUGAAAGAGUAAGAAGGGCGCUUGAAAAUAACGUCAAAGCUCUUGAAAAGGACUUCGCAUCACAGAAGAUCUCAAGAUCUCGUGCAGUAAAAGCAUUUUCUAGACCGGCUGCGGGUCAGCCACCACCAAUGCCCUCAGAUGUUCGUCCACCUCAUAUCUUGCAACAAACUCUUGACUAUUUGAUCGGAACUAUCCUUCCCCAACUUCCAGACUCACAUUCUUUCCUAUGGGACAGAACCAGAUCUAUUAGACAAGACUUUGUGUAUCAGAAUUACUAUGGUCCCGAAGCUAUCGACUGCAAUGAGAAGAUUGUUCGUAUUCAUCUCCUUUGUAUGCACAUUAUGUCUAUUGCCGACGUUGAGUUUUCUCACCAACAGGAAAUGGAGCAAUUCAAUAAGGCUUUGCAAACCCUCAUUGAGAUUUACCAGGAUGUUCGAAAUCAUGGAGGCAGUUGCCCAAAUGAAGCCGAAUUCCGUGCUUACCACUUACUAAGUCAUUUCCGCGACCCUGAACUAGAACGCGAGAUCCAAACAUUGCCUGACGCUAUCUUCAAGGACUCCAGAGUUCAACUUGCUCUUCAGUUUCGUCUUCUCAUGUCACAGAAUAAUAUCAUUGAAAGAGGGCAUACAAAUAAGAUUGGCGCAGCAAAUAUGUUCGUACGUUUCUUUGAACUUGCAAUUGACCCUGAAACUCCAAUUCUUAUGAGCUGUCUUUUAGAAACUCACUUCAAUGAAAUCAGAUUCUACGCAUUGAAGUCCUUGUCCAGAUCAUAUCACACAGGCGGAAAAGCAAUCCAAGGAAGCUCCCUCCAACAAAUGUUGGGGUUUGAUUCACUCGAUGAUCUCAUUGGCUUUGUUUCAUAUUACGAGGUCGAAUAUUUUUAUGAAGAAGGCGUUUUAUUGAUAGAUUUGUGCAACAAGGAGAAGCUCGAAACAGUUUACAAAUUGAAGUCAUUGACUGAAAAACCCAAAAGAUCUCCAGCUGUCUCGCAAAACCUCGACACCAGACUUCGGGAGCGUCCUCUCAAGCUGUACGUUGAUGCUGGACAUCCCAACGAUAAUCUUCAGCUUGUUGAGUCUGCUUCUAGCAGUAUCAUAAAGGGCAAAUUUGCCAACAUGAACUUUGCUAUACCCCAAUCUGCUCAGUCAACAAACACUGCAUUUGCUAAUUCUCAAAAUAAUUUCCCAAAUGCAAGUUUCGGUCAACAUAAUCAAGGUCAGAGCUCUGGAUUUGGUGCUCAACCUUUCUCGACACAAAAGCCAACCUCAUUCAACCUAGCAGACUUUGCUCUGUCCGGAACUUCUACUCAAAGCAUUCCCAAAAGCGCUUUCGGUCAAAAGCUGGAUCACAUUGCACCCUUCGGUGAACCCAAGAUCGAGUCUACGACAAGUCAAAUCUCCUCCGCUUUUGGCCAACCCAAUGGAACUGUCGUAGCGAAUUCGCACCCAGGAGCAGCCUUCAAUUUUGGCGCUGGCGGUAACAGUGGAGGGCAUUCAAAAGCGCAGGGUUCGAGCACUAAUGUGCCCCUCGUUCCGCCAAUAGAUACCAGGUCUUCAAAGUCGCAGUUACAAGAUCACAAACCCAUUGAAUCAAUUUUAGAAAAAGAAAAAGACAUAAACAAGAGUUCGAACGCAAAAAGGUUCGGACAAAGCACAGAAAUUACAGUGGAGUUCAAGUCAAAUAGCUUCACAGUACCAAAAAAACAAGAGGAGCCACAGAGCUCGCGCCCGCUAGAACAGAGUGUGGAAUUACCUCAACUAUAUUCCAAUCCGUCAAAAGUAACCCCUCCGAUAUCCUUUACCGGUGUGAAACCAAAACCUAUUUCUUUUGCUGAAAAAGAAAAACCUCAGACUCUACUCAAAGAUUCAGUUCAUUUCGAGAGAGGAAUAUCAUCUGUUUUUGAGCUGAUGCUUGGUUCUGCUAUUGAUGAAGAGCUCAGACAGACAAUUUCAAGGGUAAACAAAGCUGAACUGAGAAAGCAAGAAAAAAACAGAGUGCUUGACCUUUUCGCAAAUGAACUAUUCCUGGCUUUCAUGGCAGAAAUCACUUACCAAAGCACCUUAGAAGUUCUUGCAGAACGAACUUAUCAAAAGAGUUUGCAAAAUCGAGUGUUCUCUAAAGUUGCAUCUGUUUGCCGCGCAAGAUCUGCAAAACGAAUGGAAAAGCAAGGAAGAUUGAAAGAGCUUGAGUCUAUUGACUUCAAGGUGCCUUUAGCCAAAAGAAGUAGACAAGUUUCGCCCCUUCCCAAAGAUAAUGAUAGCUUUUCGAAACGGAGAAGAACGAGUGUUGUUUCAUCUGCAAACACCGAUGAAAUCCAUAAACGACAAGAUGAAAUUAAAAGUCUUUGGGAGCCACUUGAUCUUAAACGAUUCGUUGGACAAUGCUCUGCAAAUUUCGAGCGAAGCAAUAACACGAGCAAUCUAGAGUGUUUGCUAGUGGCAGAAAACUGGGCUCUGGCUUGUUCCAAAUGGCUCGCAAGUAAGUUUUCUUUGAAAGUCAAUGACACCAAAAGCUGCUACCUCAAUAAGGUUCAACAGUCCGAAUUGACAAUCGGAUUCCAAAGCUUAUCCAAGAAAACAUUACUCAAUUCUUCCUUUAUUGAAAAUACUACGUUCAUAGUCUACGAGUGUGGGCUUGUUGAUGAAGGACAGUUGAGCACUUAUAAAGAUCUCGCCACCAAACUCAAUAGAGACCGCGGAGUUCUUGACAAAAUCAUACAAAUUUGCAACCGUUAUUGUUUGUUCAAGAUUCAAAUUGUUAUAGUCAUGUGGGAUGCAAGUCAAAGUGGGUGCUCCGAUGAGAAAAUUAGCAAGAUGUUGAGCCUUGACAGGCAUCUCCACUCCACAAGCUGUGUACAGAACAUUGAAAUAUGCAACAUGGCUGGUGAGAAUGAAAGUGUUGGUGUUGUUCUUGGUGAAAAGCUCAACACUGUUUCUGAGAGAUUCAAAGGUCUUCCAACAGCCAGGGGCCAACGCCAUAUGCAAAGACAGUCCGUUGCUCCAUCUGAUCCAGAGCCUGUACAGCGCGACAUUAGCAUUGUCAAUGAGAAUCUCCAAUCAAAGGAGCGAGAGCUUCUCCGCAAGGUCAAAGAAUCUGCUAAUCAUGGGUACUUGAAUAGACAUGUGGGACGCAAUACCAGUGUGGAUCUCACCAAUACUUCAGCCAUGUUCAAGACCCCCAACGCCUCAUUUGCCAACCGAUCUGUCGCGCAGCAUAAUAAAUCAAUUCUCGGCAACAACUCGCUCAGUUUUCUUGGUCGCGACGCAUCGUUUUUCAAGUCAUUUGCGAACGGAACCAUUCUCGAAGAGAGCACGCCAGCAACGUCGCCAGGACCGGAGCCGGUCAACCUCCCCAAGAAAAUCCAAGAUCUCCGCCAGCUUACCGCGUCAAUCAAGCAAAGAUACAAAAAAACUGCCAAUUGA